CAGUAAUAGCACAAGCGACCUAUCCACAUGACUUGAGUCAUUGAUGCCAUGGUAUCCGAAACCCAGCAGGCCGAGGACGGCGAGGCUUGGCGCCAAGCGUUGCUCAGCAAGAUUGUUGGAGAUGAUGAGUUGAGUGGAGAAGACUUGGAACGCCAUGAACAGUUCCUGAAAGCCAAAGAGGAUGCACUCGCCGCCCUUGCAACUCAGCAAGACGCUGUCGCUAAAACCAGCAGUCUGAGUCGAAGAACCCAGCAAGUGCGCUUUGAAGGCAAGGCCUUUGAUGAGGAAACUGCGAGAAAGUUGGAGUUGAUUGCAGGAAGGGCAGCGAAGGACGCUACCCGGCGAGAGAUGGAAAGGUCAAAGCAGGCAAGUCAAGCACUUACUGCGGCCAAACAAGAGGCUCAGACUGCCUUGCAGGCAGCCGUUGCAGAACUGCCCAAAGACCAGAAGGCAGCGAGUUUGGCACCAACAUGGAUUUCCGAUGAAGAGUACAAGGAGCUGGGAUACCCACAGUUGGACCCAAAGUUCAGAAGCAAUGAGUGGCAAAAGAAGCAGUUGCAACUGGACAGUACCGAUCCACGGCACAAUCCCAAUCUGAAUCGAGACCAGAACGAUCCGGAGUUCUGGUACCAUGCUGCAAGAAAGCCUUUCAACAAGGCCCUGCUACGAACGGAGCAACAUUGGAACAGCCGGAGAGAGGUUUGGCUGAAGCAGUUUGAGCAGGUGAAAGAUUUGAAUCAGAAAAGAGAGCUCCUUGCAGAACUGCUGGAGGAUACCUCCACAGAGGUGAAGCGCUUGGUGGCACCGAUCCUCCACUUCAGCAUUACCAUGAAGGUCUUAAGCGGCUUCGUGGAGAAGGCCAAGCAACUGCGAAAAAGCUUCCAUGAGAUCGUCUCUUCUGAGGAGAGUCUGACUAUUUUGCAGGGCAUCCGGGAUAGAGUAGAUGAAUUUGGAAGUCAGGCGGCCGAUGAUAUGCUGACUGAGUAUGAUGCUAGAGCCAGGACAUUGGCGACAGAUCGACAAGAAGAAAAACAAGAUCAGGAGAAGAAAAUAGCUGAUGUUCACACCUUGGCCCAAAUCAUGAAUUGGGGGCAGAAGUGCAAGAAGGAUGGCCUCGUGGAAUGGGAGCAAGGCAAUUGGAUGGAGGCCUAUGUGAGUUGGAGGCAGGCAGACGACACCUUGCGUCCCUUCAAGGCCGCGGAUAAGGAGAACAACCAGGUUUACUCUGAGCUUCACACAGCUGUGCUCAAGAAUCUCUCUCAGGCUUGCAUGAAGCUGGGCUUGUGGCACGAGGCUGCCAAGGCGGCCGAGACUGCCACACAGCUUUCUCCGGAAGAUCAUAAGGCUUGGUUCCGGUGGGCUUGUGCAUUGGAGGGUUUAGGCCAGCUUGACGAGGCAGAGGAGUGCCUGCACAAGAUUGAUGAGUGCUCGGUUGGACGACCUGACCGAACUCGAAUAUCAAAGGAUACGCAGGCCAAGCGCGAAAAGCUACAAGCCUUGCGAGAUCGAGAGCAAGCAUCGCUGAAGAAGACUUUGGAGAAAGCAAUUGCCAGGAAUGUGUUUAGCGAAGAGCGCCAGGACCAAGAUCAAGUUCUCCAGGACUUAGCGUGUUUGUGCUGCAUUGCUGGAAGAAGCCUGUUGCAACCACCCACAGUGUUGCCUUCCAUGAGGCAACAGCCUGCUGUCUCUCCAUCCAAAGCAUUCAUCGAAGAGGUCAAACUGCUCAAGCCCUUUGCAAGGAAGGCAGCUGUGAAGUGACUUUGGACUUGCAGGAAGCCAAUGAAGUGACCCGGAAGCAUCUCACAAAAGAAGGUGCCAAGGACUUGCUGAAGGAACUUCGUGAUGCAUACAGAGACACCACCUUCCAGCUGCAGAUCUUCAAACUUGCGCGGGAUGUACGUGGCGAGAAGCAGCCGUUCCUCACGAACUUGGCUGCGCUUGCUUUGCCUUUGCAGAAGCCUGUGUUAGAAGCGUUUGGCUUCGCACCCAACGAGAAGGGAUUAAAGGAGAUGAUUCGAGCACUGCAGGAUCACCUCCAUGGGCCUGGGAUGGAUGAGACUGUAAAGAGGGCAGCUGAUGAGACCACUAUGGCACUAUACGGAGUCAUGUAUGACAAGCUUACACGCCCCGAUGACUCUCACGAAGCACCCAGACUAGAGGCCAGACUCGGCCGCGAUCCUCGUGAGGAUGAAGAUUCUAGUUAAAUAUCAAAAGAA